CAACACUUCCAGAACCUCGAUGGACAAUGAGUAAUUCUCAUGAUAAAUACGUUGUUUACAUUUUCUAGAAUGUUGUGUAGAAAAGUCAUGCACAUUAGCAAUUUACAUUGUGAUUAUUGUAUAUAAUUUGAAGGAGCCGCUACAUUAACAUAUAGAAGAAAAUUAGUUUUACAAAAUGUCAAUUGUGAAGGAUGGCUACGUCAAACGACACAGUAAGAGUUUGUUACACGGAGGCUGGAAAGAUGUUUAUUUGCAGCUUUAUUCAGACAGUACUCUACUGGCUUUUAAAAGGCAAGGCGACGGCUAUCCUAAAGUUCGAAUAUGUAUGAGGGAUGUGUGCAAACAUUUUGCCUAUGGAGAUCAUGCAGUUAGGAACUUUAGGGAGUUCCCCGCGUUGCCACCAUAUGCAAGCCCCUUGUGUGUGUUGGCGAUACCAGAAAGACCCAACAGAAACUCAAAACCCCACUUUUUUCUGAUGCAAAAUGAACAAGAGUUACACGAAUGGAUGACAGCCAUCUGUUCAACAUUAGGACCUAGAUCAUGGGGACAGGAAAGCUGUUCACAGAGUAGCCAGCCGCCACCGUACAGCUCCGGGCCCCACCAUGGAGGCGCAUCAAUGUCACACCCUGUAGGAUUUUACAGUUCUUCUCAAGGCAGACAGCAAGAUCAGUAUCCGCCAAAGCAAUAUGUGUAUCCACAACAACAACCUGGGUAUCCACCGCAGCAGGGAUACCCUCCUCAACAAGGAUAUCAGCAACCACAAUAUUAUGGACAACAACCAUACGUUUAUCAGCAGCCGCCACAGGGAGGUCAAUAUCUAGGCCAUCAUAAAAAGAAGAGUAAUUUUCCGGGAGGCAAAAUGGGUAAAAUUGCAGCAGGUUUGCUAGGUGGCGCUGCAUUAGGAUAUGGCGCCAAAAAGAUGUUGGGAGGAUUUGGAAAGUUUGGAAUGGGACGAUCAGGUAGUUGGAGCUCCAUAGACAGCUUCGGCAGCGGUGGGAGUUGUGGAAGCUUCGGCAGCUUUGAUUAACUUUACUUUAAUUAAUGCGUUUUUUUAAAACAUAAAAUUAUGUCAAAAAUGAUUGAAGCAGAACAGUUGGAGCGAUGUUUUCGUCAUGAAACUUUUUCAGAGAAUUUGGAAUUUCAGUGGUAUAUUUUUCAAACGGAGAAAUAUUUUGUUUAUUUGGAUGUGUCUUUACCUUUGGUAGUUUAAAAUACCGGUACACAAGGAAAGACGAAAGAAAAAAUGAAAUUCAGUCAUAUCUGUAUAGCUUAUACGUGAACAUGAAAAUUCACAGCUUUAAAUAUUAGGUCUAGAUCUGGAAGGUGAACCCUCAUAGAAUUUUUGCAGACCCCAUGAUAAAACUGGAAUGUGGUGAUUUAUACAACCAAAUUCAUUAGCAAGUGUGUUCAGUGAUAUGCAAAAUAUGCUGUUGUCAUUGUUCCCCGCUUAGUUUUGUUCUGAAAAUAGGUUUAAUUAUCAGAAAAUAUCAGAUAUGUCUAAAAUAUAGCAUUUUCAUAUGCAUAUUAUUUAAAAAUUUAUCGUUUCACAGUUUUAAGAACAAGAACGUUACCAUUAUUAUAUACGUUACUAAAAUUCACGAUAUAGAUCUAAUCUUUUCAUUUCUCAGUCAAUAGGUGUUUUAUGUUAUCCUUAUUAUGAUGUUUAGACUAAGAUAAUGCGAAUAUCUUAUCAAGUUCGAACUAGUUUGAUAUAAAAAUGCAUUGACAUUGUAACCUACGUUACGAUACGUUACUGUAUGUGUAUUUUAGUAACUGGAAAAUACACGCUUACAACUGCUUAUCUGCUUUACCAAAUCAGUUCACAUAAAUUAGAAUUGAGAAACAAUUAAGUUGUAGCAUUAAUCAUUCUUCUGCUACCUUUUAAUAAGCAAAUUAGUAAUUACUGCUAUUAACAGUUCUUUUCAGUUUGAUAUUUUCAGUCACCUAAGUCGUCAUAAUCACUGUCUGUUUCGUAUAUGGUGCCAAUUAUAUUGGUGAUUUUUACUUCUUCAUAGUCAUCAUCAGAGUCAUCUUCGUCACAUGUUGCUGGUGUGUCACAAAUAAUUUCAGCUAGUUCUUGAGGUACUAUAUUACCGGAACACCUGUCAUAUUCCAACAAAUUUUCUGAUCCAAAUUUCCAUCCACUUUCAUCUACUUUUGGUAGAAUUGGGUAGCUCUCAUGAGUUUGAAUCCAAAUAAACAAUUGGUAGUUCGCACGUGUUAUGAGCAUUUUAAGUGACAACUUUCACAGUGGCAAUAGACUCAUGUCCAUACCAUUAUAUGUACUCAGGGCAUUGCCAGCACGUACUUGAUACUUUUCAAGAAACAUGUAAUAUAUAAGUU